AUGUUGGCCUCAGACGACUGCAUGCAGUUUCUCCACGUCUGGACCCUAGGACUGGACGGCGAGUGCUACCACCCGGACAGCGGGGUUAAGAUUGGUCUUGGAGGGUACAAGUUUGUCGCUAUACAGCUACACUGGAAUAAUCCAGAUGCCGCAUCAGGGCUUACCGACGCUUCUGGGAUGGUUCUUCACUAUACGCCAAAUCUCACAUGCGCAAGCGGAUGUACACAAAGGGACAUGGUGGGUCCUAUCCACGUGACCUUUGCUUGGAACCACAUGCACUACGCAG